GAUUUUUCGUAGUUAAAUAAAACAGAGAAUUGAAUUGGGAAAAGAUAAUUUGAAUCCAUCAUAGAGGAGCGGUGCGUUAUGGAGGAAUGAUCGGAGUAGCAGCCAUGCCCAGUGGAUGUAGCAUCAGAGCAAUAUGGAUUCUCAACAACCUUGACGGCGUCGUUUUUUCCCGGAGGUUUCCGGUGGUAGAGAAGCGUUGGCGAGCUGCUUGCAACUCAAACGCCCACAAUGAUACCCAUCAAAUCUUCUCUUCCUUACCCACUGACUCCGACCUCGCUGAUGCUUUUCUCGACCGAAAGCAUAGGGAGGGAUCUGCACGAGGAUUUGGCAUACGAAAGAGUAACUCAACUCUGGGAUCGGAUUCUUGGGUGGAUGAUCCCAUUACUCGCCAUAUCAUCGGUCUUUACAUUAGCAGAGAAGGGGAGGAAAAUAAGAAUCUAUUGUGGCCUUUAAUCUUGCACACAAAGGGCCUUUACAGUAUUCUUAUUCUGCCAUUGGUUGAGCCUAUCCAUUUAAAUGCAUAUGCAAGGUUGUGUAAAAGACCUGAUUGUGGAGCUGCUCUUGGUAUGGAUGACGGCCUGUCUUCCCUCUUACUGGAUCUUCCAUCAGUAACAGGGGCAUUUAUGAUAGCGCAUGCCAUUGGUGACAUAAUUACUGGCGACACAGUAGAACCUGAAGUGAUUGUAAGUGCAGCUCCCUCUGUUGGAGGGCUGUUUGAUUCACUCACUGGUAGUAUAGGCAUCUCUUCCAGGGCAAAACCUGUGGCCCCACCUGUUGCUUCUUCCUCCCCUUCUAGUGCAGCUGUACCAGGAUCAGUUACAGCAGAUGCUCCAAAAAUGGGGUCUAGGUUAUUGGAUAAAGAUGCACUCAGAACAUUUAUCAGUAGUUCAAUGCCCUUUGGCACACCCUUGGACCUUAAUUAUUCCAAUAUUAUUACCAUAAAGACCAACGGCUUUUCGGCAACAGAUUUGCCUCCUGCGGACCAGAAGCAGCCAGCUUGGAAACCAUAUUUAUACAAAGGAAAGCAGAGAAUGUUGUUUACAAUUCAUGAGAUUAUUCAUGCUGCUCUGUAUGAUAGAGAUGAGAUUCCGGAUACUAUAUCAGUUUCUGGUCAAAUAAAUUGUCGAGCUGACUUGGAAGGGUUGCCAGAUGUGUCAUUUCACUUGGCUGGAUUGAACACAGCAAACCUUGAAGUUUUAUCGUAUCAUCCUUGUGCUCAAGUUUCAGAUCAAGGUUUGGAUAAGCAAGGAGUGAUGUUUUCUCCGCCAUUAGGUAAUUUUGUGUUGAUGCGUUAUCAGGCAGCUUAUGCCCUUGGACCCCCCAUAAAGGGAUUCUAUCAGUUGUCAAUGGUUUCUGAGGAUAAAGGUGCAUUUCUAUUCAAGUUGCAUUUAAUGGAAGGAUAUAAGGCUCCUUUGACAAUGGAAUUCUGUACUGUGACUAUGCCCUUUCCUAGGAGGAGGAUUGUAUCUUUGGAUGGGACUCCUUCUGUGGGAACAGUUUCAACUUCAGAGCACUCUGUUGAAUGGAAAAUUGUGACAAGUGGCCGAGGGCUUACUGGAAAAAGUAUUGAAGUGACUUUCCCUGGAACAGUUAAGUUUGCACCUUGGCAAACCCAAAGGUUGUCUUCCUCUAGGUCAUCCUUUGGAAUCACUGCUGACGAGGAUAGUGAUAAUGAGGCAGAAAAUGCUAGUAACAUGGUUAAUGAAGAACAUUUGAUGGGGAAAAUGAACAAGGGUCUUCCUCCAGUCGAUUUAGAGGAGCCAUUUUGCUGGCAGGCAUACAAUUAUGCUAAAGUAUCGUUCAAGAUUGUUGGGGCAUCAGUAUCUGGAGUUGCCGUUGAUCCUAAAUCUGUGAGCAUCUAUCCAGCUGUAAAAGCACCUAUGGAGUUUUCAACUCAGGUUACUUCUGGGGACUACAUUCUGUGGAAUACUCUUGGUAAGUGCCCACAUGUUGCCACAAUAAAAAGGUGAAGUAUGAAUGGCCACCGAGGGAUAUCUAAAUGUGACGGGAACACCAUCAGAUAUCUGAUGGAAAGAAAACUCUGGAAUGAUGUUUUUUAUUCGUUGCCAAGUAUUGUGGAGACACAUGAUUGAAUCUUGCUCCCUAGUGGCUAAUUUAGAAAAUAAGAAAUGUUUUUGGUAUUGUAAUUAGUGACGGGAUUCGUUGCCAAACAUUUGCACAUUUCAUUUGUUGUAAAGUUUACCAUAGAAGCAUAGCAUUUUUGUUAAGUGUUUUUUUUUAUUCCUUAGCUAUGAUUUGGGAGCACAAAAUAGGAAAUACGUUUUUAUUAUUCCAAUUGAGGCAUUCAUGGUUAGUAUCGGAAAUAAAAUUGUAUUGCUUAAUA